AAUUUUGACUGAUUAAGAGAGAUAAUAGAAAGUGAAAGUGAAGGCGAAGGUUGAGAAGAACGACGGGGGCCUUUAGGAUAGAGUUGUGGUUGCUGUGCCUUCCUUGCCGGUGCCUUCAUUUUCCUUUCCAUCCUCUUUCUCUCACCUAUCUUCCAACGGAUCUCCUCUCUUUUCCUUGUUUUGUUUGUUUCAUUACAUUCUCUUUGUUGUAGGCAGAGACGUAUUCCCAGAACUCCUGAAUUUACUCACCAUCCAUCAAUAUAAUCUAAAUCUAAACAAGAGAAGCAAAUUCAUCAUUCAAAUCACAGCUUGGAAUUGAGAUCUCAAUGGAAAGCGAGAAGAAACCGUCGGCGGUGUCAGAUGUGGGAGCGUGGGCCAUGAACGUCAUAAGCUCCGUUGGAAUUAUCAUGGCCAACAAGCAGCUCAUGUCCUCCUCCGGUUACGCUUUCAGCUUUGCCACAACAUUAACGGGGUUCCACUUCACUGUAACGGCUUUGGUGGGUUUGGUGUCGAAUGCAACUGGAUUGUCCGCAUCUAAGUAUGUUCCUAUGUGGGAGCUUCUCUGGUUCUCUGUUGUGGCCAAUAUGUCUAUUGCCGGCAUGAACUUUAGUCUGAUGCUCAAUUCUGUUGGGUUCUACCAAAUCUCCAAAUUGAGUAUGAUUCCUGUGGUCUGUGUCAUGGAAUGGAUUAUUAACAAUAAACACUACUCAAGAAAAGUGAAAAUGUCUGUUGUCGUUGUUGUUAUUGGUGUGGGUGUUUGCACCGUCACUGAUGUCAAAGUUAAUGCCAAAGGUUUUCUUUGUGCCUGUGUAGCCGUCUUCUGUACAUCUUUGCAGCAAAUUACAAUAGGCUCCUUGCAGAAGAAGUACUCAAUUGGAUCUUUUGAAUUGUUGAGUAAGACAGCUCCAAUUCAAGCCCUCUCUCUCCUUGGUCUUGGUCCAUUUGUUGAUUACUACCUUAAUGGAAAAUUUAUUACAAACUAUAAGAUGUCUACCGCGGCCAUUCUUUUUAUUCUUUUGUCGUGCACCCUAGCAGUUUUCUGUAAUGUGAGUCAGUACCUCUGCAUUGGGCGAUUUUCAGCAACUUCCUUCCAGGUUUUAGGUCACAUGAAAACAGUUUGUGUUCUCACAUUGGGAUGGCUGCUCUUUGAUUCAGAGAUGACUUUCAAGAACAUAAUGGGGAUGGUUCUUGCUGUUAUGGGCAUGGUAAUAUAUAGCUGGGCUGUGGAGGCUGAUCGUUCAAAUGCUAGGACCUUGCCACUAACAAAGAACAGUCUUACAGAAGAAGAAAUUAGACUUUUGAAGGAGGGAGUGGAAAACACUCCGGUGAAAGAUGUUGAACUUUCUGAGUCUAAAGGGUAGUGGACCUAUUUUUGGCCGGGAAUACAGGUUUUUUUUUUUUUUUAUUUGUUUCAUUUAUCGUAGUUUGUGUCUUUGUCUUAUUUAUGCUGCAGCAAGACAUUUUGUCUACACAUUUAUUUUAGAAAUUAUUUUCUUAUUCAUUGAAAAUUAUUUUCUUGUUUAA